UAGGGACGCCUGUGCGAAGCAGGACGUCUUGGUGCGAGUAAUUGGUCUUCGAGGAAACGAUCUUUGUGUUUUCUCCUCGCUGAGCUGUUCUCGCGGGAACGGCAGCGACGCGCCAAACUAAGAAAACAGAAGCUGCGUUAGUGACAGUGACAGACGAAACGUUUGAAAUAACUUCUAAAUGCGGCUUCAUUCUGAGAAUUGUCAAAUCCUAGCGGGUUGUUAUUAAUUGUUGCGGACACCUCGGUAGAAAAUGGUGCUGCAGAACAGUGGAAGGUACAGAGCUGACCGCGGACAAAGUGGAGACCAGGAAACCCAGGACGAUGGAUCCUCGAUGUCAGCCCUCAAGCGGCUCGAGCGCAGCCAGUUCACGGACGAGAUGGACGCUCGCUUCGGUUUCGACAGGAUGAAGGAGCCCGGGGAGAAAACGGGCUGGCUGAUCAACAUGCACCCCGCAGAGAUCCUGGAUGAAGACAAGAGGAUGGUCAGUGUUGUGGACUACUACUUCAUUCAGGAGGACGGGAGCAGGUUUAAGGUGGCUCUACCGUUUAAGCCAUAUUUUUACAUUGCCACUAAAAAGAACUGCGAGAGAGAGGUCAUCUCAUACUUGUCUAAGAAGUUUCAAGGAAAAGUGGCAAAGCUGGAAACUGUCCCAAAAGAGGACCUAGAUCUGCCAAACCACCUAGUUGGGCUCAAGAGAAACUACAUCAAGCUGUCGUUCAACACCGUCGACGACCUCGUCAAGGUCAAGCGUGAGAUUUCCCCCGCGGUGCGAAAGAACAGGGAGAGGGAGCAGUCCAACGACACCUACACCUCCAUGUUAUCAAGCGCCUUGUCAGGCGGUCACGUGACCACAGCAGAUGACGACGGGAUGUCAAAGAGUAUCUCGGACCAGUUAGACAACAUCGUGGACAUGAGAGAGUACGACGUGCCCUAUCACGUCCGAGUGUCCAUCGACCUGAAGAUCCACGUGGCUCAUUGGUACAACGUUCGAUACAGAGGCAGCGCUUACCUACCAGAGAUCGUACGGAGAGACGACCUCGUGGAGCGACCGGAUCCAGUUGUUUUGGCGUUUGACAUUGAGACGACCAAACUGCCACUAAAAUUUCCCGACGCAGAGACUGAUCAGAUCAUGAUGAUCUCCUACAUGAUAGAUGGGCAGGGAUUUCUAAUCACGAACAGAGAGAUCGUCUCUGAGAACAUUGAGGAUUUUGAGUUCACUCCCAAACCUGAAUACGAAGGGCCGUUUACUAUUUUUAAUGAGGACAACGAGGCGGCUCUCAUUCAGAGGUGGUUUGAUCACGUUCAGGAAACGAAGCCAAACAUCUUUGUAACGUACAACGGCGACUUCUUCGACUGGCCUUUUGUUGAGACUCGGGCUGGCCUCCAUGGACUGAGCAUGUACCGGGAGAUCGGUUUCCAGAAGGACAGUCAGGGAGAGUACAAGUCCAGUCAAGCCAUCCACAUGGACUGCUUAAGAUGGGUAAAACGAGACAGCUACCUGCCAGUGGGAAGUCAUAACCUGAAGGCAGCAGCAAAGGCUAAAUUGGGUUAUGACCCAGUAGAGCUGGACCCAGAGGACAUGAGCCGCAUGGCAACUGAAGAACCGCAGACUUUAGCGACAUACUCUGUGUCAGAUGCUGUGGCCACUUAUUACCUCUACAUGAAAUAUGUUCAUCCCUUCAUCUUUGCACUGUGCACUAUAAUCCCCAUGGAACCCGAUGAGGUGCUGCGUAAAGGUUCUGGGACUCUGUGCGAAGCCUUGCUCAUGGUGCAGGCCUUCCACGCCAACAUCGUCUUCCCCAACAAGCAGGAGCAGGUCUUCAACAAACUGACAGACGACGGCCACGUGUUGGACUCCGAGACCUACGUGGGCGGCCACGUGGAGGCGCUUGAGUCCGGAGUGUUCCGCAGUGAUAUCCCCUGCCGUUUCAAAAUGAAUCCUGCUGCCUUUGACUUCCUGCUGCAGAGGGUUGAGCAAACAAUGCGUCACGCUGUUGAGGAAGAAGAGAAAAUCCCUUUGGAGAAAAUCACAAAUUUUAAUGAGGUUUGUGAUGAGAUCAAAAAGAAGCUGACGUCCCUGAAAGAGGUUCCAAACAGAAUUGAAUGCCCUCUCAUCUACCAUCUGGAUGUGGGGGCGAUGUACCCCAAUAUCAUUCUCACCAAUCGCCUACAGCCGUCUGCUAUGGUUGAUGAGGCCACUUGUGCUGCCUGUGACUUUAACAAACCUGGUGCCGCCUGUCAGAGGAGGAUGGCUUGGCAGUGGAGAGGGGAAAUCAUGCCUGCCAGCCGCAGUGAGUUCCACCGCAUCCAGCAGCAACUUGAGUCUGAGAAGUUCCCACCGUUCUUUCCUAACGGUCCGCCUCGAGCCUUUCACACGCUGAACAGAGAGGAGCAGGCCAAGCACGAGAAGAAACGCCUGGCAGACUAUUGCAAGAAGGCCUAUAAGAAGAUUCACGUUACCCGGCUGGAGGAGCGAGUCACCACCAUCUGUCAGAGAGAAAACUCUUUCUAUGUCGACACAGUGAGAGCUUUCAGAGAUCGGCGUUAUGAAUUUAAAGGACUUCACAAGGUGUGGAAGAAGAAACUGUCGUCGGCGCAGGACAGUGGAGACGCUGCGGAGGUGAAGCGCUGCAAAAACAUGGAGAUCCUGUACGAGUCUCUACAACUGGCUCACAAGUGCAUUCUGAACUCGUUCUAUGGUUACGUCAUGAGGAAAGGGGCUCGCUGGUACUCCAUGGAGAUGGCUGGCAUCGUGUGCUUCACUGGAGCCAACAUCAUCACUCAGGCCAGAGAGCUCAUCGAACAAAUAGGGAGGCCCCUGGAGUUGGACACGGAUGGAAUCUGGUGCGUUCUCCCCAACACCUUCCCUGAGAACUUUGUGGUGAAGACGAGCAAUGAGAAGAAGCCCAAGGUGACCAUCUCCUACCCAGGAGCCAUGCUGAACAUUAUGGUGAAGGAGGGCUUCACCAAUGAUCAGUACCACGAGCUGGUCGAACCUGCGUCCCUCACUUACGACAUCAGGGCAGAGAACAGCAUCUUCUUUGAGGUGGACGGGCCGUACCUGGCGAUGAUCCUGCCUGCCUCCAAAGAGGAGGGGAAGAAGCUAAAGAAGAGAUAUGCUGUGUUUAAUGAGGACGGCUCUCUGGCUGAGCUAAAGGGCUUCGAAGUAAAGAGAAGAGGAGAGCUCCAGCUGAUUAAGAUUUUUCAGUCGUCCGUGUUUGAGGCUUUCCUCAAAGGUACCACUCUGGAGGAGGUCUAUGCAUCAGUGGCCAAAGUGGCAGAUUACUGGCUGGAUGUUCUUUACAGCAAGGCUGCCAACAUGCCAGAUGCCGAGCUGUUUGACCUGAUUUCGGAGAAUCGGUCCAUGUCCAGGAAGCUCGAGGACUACGGAGAACAGAAGUCCACCUCCAUCAGCACAGCCAAGAGACUGGCAGAGUUCCUGGGAGACCAGAUGGUGAAGGAUGCUGGUCUGAGUUGUCGCUACGUCAUCUCCCGAAAACCAGAAGGUUCCCCUGUCACAGAGAGAGCCAUUCCUCUCGCCAUCUUCCAAGCAGAGCCCAGUGUAAAAAAGCACUUCCUGCGUAAGUGGCUGAAAAUGCCCAGCCUGCAUGAUCUGGACAUCCGCUCUAUCCUUGAUUGGAGUUAUUACAUAGAGCGGUUGGGCAGUGCCAUCCAGAAAAUCAUCACCAUCCCUGCAGCUCUGCAACAGGUAAAGAAUCCAGUACCAAGAGUAAGGCAUCCAGACUGGCUUCACAAAAAACUCCUGGAAAAAAAUGACAUUUACAAGCAAAAGAAGAUCAGCGAGCUGUUCACCAGCGAGGGCAAAAGACAGGUGUCCCAUCAGCCUCUUGAACCAGGACAGGCCGCAGACAUAGAGGACUUUGGAAUGCCUGCCAGACCCCUGCAGCCAGCCAUCCCCAUCAGCACCAAGCGCAAACGGGCUUCCCAAGGGGAGGACAGCCAGGUGGAGUCUCAGGACGUCGAGCUGACCCAGUCCUGGAGAGAGAUCCUGGGACCGCCUCCACCCAUGGGGACCACGCGGGAGGAGCGUCUAGUGUGGCUCCGCUACCAUAAGAAAAAAUGGGAGCUGCAGCUGAGACAGAGGAAGGAGAGAAAGAAGAGGAGGAGGCUGCUGGAUGGCGAAGCUCACCCUGUAGGCGGGGGAGUGAUCCGCGAUGGUCCCACCACCGGCCUGGGGAGUUUCCUUCGCAGGACAGCGCGCAGCAUUCUAGACAUGCCGUGGCAAAUUGUGCAGAUCGCUGAGACAAGUCACCCUGGUCUGUACAAACUGUGGGCCGUGAUUGGAAAUGACCUCCACUGCAUGAAGCUCAACAUACCACGCGUUUUCUAUGUCAAUCAGAAAGUCCCAAAACAGGAAGAGGGCGCCACAUACAAAAAGGUGAAUCGGAUGCUGCCCCGCUCCAAUGCGGUCUACUACCUUUACGAGUACAGUGUGCCGGAGGACAUGUACCAGGAGCACAUCAACGAGAUCAACGCUGACCUCUCUGCACCGGACAUUGAGGGAGUCUAUGAAACACAGGUCCCCUUGCUGUUUCGAGCGCUGGUGCAGCUCGGAUGCAUGUGCAUGGUCAAUAAGCAUGUUGUCAGGGAUCUGGCCGGCCGAGAAGCAGACACCUUCGAUCUGGAGCAUCUGGAGAUGAGGUCGCUGGCUCAGUUCAGCUACCUGGAACCUGGGAGUGUUCGCCACAUGUAUCUGUAUCAUCACAGCCAGGGUCACAAGGCUCUUUUUGGCCUCUUCAUUCCGUCUCAGCGUAAAGCCAGCGUUUUUGUCCUGGACACAGUUCGAAGCAACCAGAUGCCCAAUCUGAGUAACCUCUACACCGGUGAGCGCGCUGCUCUGCUGGAGAAGACGACUGAGGACCUCCUGCCUCCGGAGAAACACAACUUCGAGGUCCGCGCCGAGAACGAUGUCAAGGCUAUUUAUCGUGCACUGCAGCGCAUGUUGUCAAACUACAAGGAGGAGCGUCGGGGCCCCACCCUCAUUGCCGUUCAGUCAAACUGGGAGCUGCGGCGUCUGGCAGCAGGGAUGCCAGUGCUGGAGGAGUUCCCAGCUGUUCCAGUACAUGUGGUCGAUGAGAUCAGCUAUAAUGUGCUGGACUGGCAACGCCACGGGGCGCGGCGCAUGAUCCGACACUACCUCAACCUGGACAGCUGCUUGUCUCAAGCUUUUGAUAUGGCCAGGUAUUAUCACCUGCCUGUGGGGAACUUGCCUCAGGAUGUGUCUAUAUUUGGUUCUGACUUGUUCCUGGCAAGACACUUACGGAAGCACAACCACCUGCUGUGGCUUUCGCCCACGGCCAGGCCUGACCUCGGAGGAAAAGAGGCUGAUGACAGUCGCCUGGUCAUGGAAAGUGAGGACAGGCUCUCUGUGGAGAUUAAUUCACAAGGAUGCUAUUCCACAGUCUGCGUGGAGCUGGAUUUGCAGAGUCUGGCGGUGAACACGAUCCUCCAGUCACAUCACGUCAACGACAUGGAGGGUGGAUCCAGUCUGGGUGUCAGCUUUGAUGUCAUUCAACAGGCCUCAUUGGAGGACAUGAUGUCGGGAAACCAAGGGGCAAGUGCCCUUGCAAGCUACGAUGAGACGGCUCUGUGUUCCAACAUAUUCAGGAUCCUGAAGAGCAUGGUGGUGGGAUGGGUCAGAGAGAUCACUCAGUACCACAACGUGUAUGCCGACAACCAGGUGAUGCACUUCUACCGCUGGCUGCGCUCCCCCAGCUCUCUGCUCUAUGACCCAGCGCUGCACCGCACUCUGCUCAACAUGAUGAAGAAAGUCUUCUUACAGUUGGUUGCCGAGUUCAAACGGCUUGGCUCAACUGUGGUUUACGGAAACUUCAACAGAAUCAUCCUGUGUACCAAGAAACGACGGAUAGAUGAUGCCAUUGGCUACGUCGAAUACAUCACAAACAGCAUACACACCAGGGAAAUCUUCCACUCGUUAUCGAUCUCAUUCUCCCGGUGCUGGGAGUUCCUGCUGUGGAUGGACCCAGCCAACUAUGGUGGUGUAAAGGGCAAACUGCCCUCCAGCCUUUUGUAUGGAGAGGAAGGAGCUAAACAGAACAAAAACAGACACGGGGAGGAAGAUGGAAGUGAGGAUGAAGAGGAGGAAGCAGAUGCUGAGGAAGAUGAUGGUGAUAAGGGGGCAGAUGAAGUAGAGGAGCUGAUUGAGAGCAACUGGAACAUCAUGCAGUACCUCCCUCAAACGGCCUCCUGCCAGAAUUACUUUCUAAUGAUUGUGUCAGCCUACAUUGCAGCGGUUUACCACAGCAUGAAAGAGGAGUUGAGACGUAACGUGCCUGGGGCAACUCCAGUCAAAAGACGUGGAGGCAGCCAGGCUACCCAGCAGGCAGUGGGGGACUUAAGUGCCCUUCCUGGAAUGAUCUCCUUCUCCCAGGAGUAUGUGUCCAAUGAGCUCACACAGAACUUUUUCACCAUCACACAAAAAAUCCAGAAGAAGGUGACCGGCACCAGGAAUGUGACGCAGCCCUCUGAGAUGUUCCCCGUCCUGCCUGGGUCACACCUGCCUCUCCACAACCCAGCACUGGAGUUUAUUAAAUAUGUCUGCCAGGUGCUUUCGCUGGAUGCCAACAUAGUGAACCAGGUGAACAAACUAAAGCGAGACCUCCUGCGUCUUGUGGACGUAGGAGAGUUUUCUGAGGAUGCCCAGUUUCGUGACCCGUGUAACUCGUACAUCCUGCCUGAAGUCAUCUGCCACCACUGCAAUUUCUGCCGUGACCUUGACCUUUGCAAGGACCCAUCUGUGGCACAGGAUGGAUCUGUGUUGCCUCAGUGGUUUUGCUCUAACUGCCAGGCCCAGUAUGAGACUGAGUCUAUUGAGAUGGCUCUGGUUGAAGCCCUGCAGAAGAAGUUGAUGAGCUACACACUGCAGGACCUAGUCUGUGCCAAAUGUAAAGGGGUGAAGGAAGCGAACAUGCCCCUCUACUGUGGAUGUGCCGGAGACUUUGACCUCACUUUCUCAGCCAAGACCUUCUCUGAGCAGAUUGCAGUGUUUCGGAACAUAGCAUCCCACUACAACAUGAGGUUCCUGGAGCAGACCAUUGAGUGGCUGCUCGUCAUGAGUCCACAGAUCAGCCGGAGUUCUCGCUAGAAGUCACCACCGCCACAGAGGUCCAACACUCAUCCAGCAUUAUUUCUGUUAAUGACCUACUGGGUGUUGGGAUUUGUGAUUGUGCCAUAUUAAAUUUUGUAAGUUUAUGAAUGUCUACUUUUUACUGUUAAUAAAUAUUUUUUUAAAU